GCAUCCACGAGGGCUGCUGCUUCUCCACAUGGGAACGCGCUUCUGGGGAACAAUUACAGAGAGUUUAGACGGGGAUGUUCAACAGCCAGAUUGCUUCACAUUCAGGCUCCUGGCCAGCAAGGCAGAGCCCGAAAGCCGCUCGUUGGCGCUGUGAGAAAAUACCUGGCACCUGCACCCAUCAUGGGCGUGCAGCACCCGGGGGCUAAGAUCACCCCUUACACAGCAGCGCCCCAGCAGCCGGCACUGAACGAAGCUGUGCUCUUGGCUUGGUGGGUCUGACGGAGCGAGCUGCUUCGCAAAUAAGCCAGCUUGUGCUUACCAAACAUCCCUGUGUGCGCCCUCUUCUCCCGGCCGUGCCCACCGAAGCAUUUUUAUCCCCCGCCCCAUGCUGGAUUUGGGAACGUGCUGCGUGGCAGAAAGCUGGUCCCUGUGAAGCUCGGUUCUGCAAGGGAGAUGAUGGAAGCACACUGCUAGUACCUUUCCCCCCACUAAAGUUUGAGGCAUAUUUUAAGGUUGUGAAACAUAUUGACUGUGAAAUAGAGAUAAGAACGGGAGUAGACACAAACAGCGUAGGCGUUACUCCCGUUUUUCUGCAACUCCCACUCUGUUGUAAAAAUAGUACAGCAAGCAGCACGCUGCUCCGUGCCAUCCUUCACGGACCAUGGGGCCACGUGCCUGGACGCUGGCGGACUGAACCAGAAGCAGAGCUGGCACCUAAGGCACGUGCAGAGGUGCCGAACUCUUUGUGUUCCUUAAGAUCAAUGUGAGAGAGGCUCUGCCUUACAGAAAGAUCAAAUUAAAUAAUUUUAAAUGUUAUAAAAAUACAUAAAGAGUAGUGAUAUCAUUCCAAAGUGCUGCAAAACCAUGUUGGACAGAGCCAGAGCGCUUUCCAUCAGGACAAGGGGCAAUGGGAAGCCGCAGCAGCGUAUCACUGCAUCCACUCAAGUCUCUGUUCACGUUGCACGCAACGCACCCCGUCUUUACACCACACCUGCGCCGUAAUUCCUACGUGCCCUCAAUUGUUUUGCAAUUCUAAACCUGAGCAAAAUACACUUAAUUAGUUGCAGGCCAGUUGCAGAAAUCAGAUAAGGCUGGCUGGCAGGUGGCCACUUCCCGGAGAUGCAUCUCCUGACGACGGGGACGUUGUGCAACUCGGGGAGAGCAUCACCCAGCCGUGGGCUGGCGGCAGGGAGAGCACUUGCAAUAAGACGCGAGGGUGUCACCUCAGCGGAGGAGGAACUUGCGGACGGUGGUGGUGGCAGCUUUCUGACUCGGGGGACGGGUGUCAGAGCCCCCCACGGCGGGACCGGCAUGGACUGCGAUGACACUGUAACCGACGAGGUCUGCAAGGAGGCUGACGUCGGGGAUGGAGAGCUGUGGGAGGUGAUGGUGGCCGGCUACCCGGUGCUGCUGGUGAGGAACAAGAAGGAGUUCAGUGCCCUGGGCAGCAAGUGCCCCCACUAUGGUGCCCCGCUCAGCAAAGGAGUCUUGAAAGGGGAGAGGCUGCGCUGCCCCUGGCACGGUGCCUGCUUUAACAUCAAAACUGGAGACAUCGAGGAGUACCCUUCUCUGGACUGCCUUCCCCGCUUUAAGGUAGCAGUGGAAGAUGGAAAGGUGUUUGUUACAGCAAAAAAGAAGGAUCUUGAAAGCAGCCUGAGGGUGAAGGACACAAGCAAGCGAUGCCGCCUCAACCAGGACACGAUGCUGCUGCUAGGGGGAGGUGUGGCUGCCCUGGUGUGUGCAGAGACGCUUCGCCAGGAGGGCUUUACUGGCAGGAUCAUCAUGGCCACCAAAGAGAAACAUGUUCCGUAUGACAAGCCCAAACUGAGCAAGAAAAUGAACUUGAAAGCUGAGGACAUCUACCUGAGAAAACCUGAAUUCCUUGCUGCUCAUGGCAUAGAGUUCUGGACAGAGAAAGAGGCAGUGUCUGUGGAUUUCCAGAAACAGAAGGUCUGCUUCAUGGAUGGCUCCUCUCAGAAGUACCAUCAGCUGCUCAUUGCAACAGGCAGCCACUCCAGCUCCCUCAAAGUCCCAGGUGCAGACCUGCAGAAUGUGUGCCUUCUCCAAACCCCAGAAGACUCCAGCAAGAUCUUAGAGCUGGCAACUGGGAAGAAUCUGGUGCUCAUAGGAGCGUCAUUCAUAGGAAUGGAGACAGCUGCCUUCCUGUCAGACAAGGCUGCUGCCAUCUCAGUGGUGGAAAAAAAGGAGUUCCCUUUCCAGAAUGCGUUAGGUCCUGAGGUUGGAGGUGUCGCCAUGAAGAUGCUGCAAAAUAAAGGGGUGAAGUUUUACAUGAAAACAGAAGUCUCUGAGCUGAAAGGAAAGGAUGGAAAGGUCACAGAGGCUGUUCUUGCCAGUGGAGAGAAACUACCUGCAGAUGUGGUAGUGGUGGGAAUAGGGGUGUUCCCCAACUCAGCAUUUCUGAAGGGCACCUCCAUCGCUAGAGACGACAGCGGUGCCAUCCUGGUGGAUCUGCGCAUGCAAACCAACAUCCCCAACGUCUUCGCUGCGGGGGACGUGGCCUCCUUUCCUGUAGCGCUGCUCAACGGGGACCACUCCAGCAUCCAUCACCAACAGGUGGCUGAGGCCCACGGUCACGUCGCUGCCUUGAACAUGCUGAAGAAAGAGAAGGAGUUGCACACUGUCCCUUUCUUCUGGACCACGAUGCUUGGGAAAAGCAUCCGCUACGCAGGUUGUGGGAAGGGAUACACGGACACUGUUGUGAAGGGCAGCCUGGAGCAGCAGAAGUUCCUGAUCUUUUACAUCAGGGACGGGAUCGUGACUGCAGCUGCCAGCCUGAACACUGACCCCAUGGUGGCUCUGAUUGCAGAAGUUUUAUACUCUGGGAAACGAAUCUCUAAAGAGGAAGCAGAGGCCUGCGAUAUCUGCAACAUACCCUCACUGGCAGAAACCUAAGCUCGCUGUGUGCCCUGCCACGAGGGGCACAGAGUCAACCAAGUGUUAACAGCUUCGUAUCCUGCCAUCCUGGCACAAGAGAAAUAAAAUCACGAGC